AUGACAGAAAAUGAAAAGGACUACGUAAUCGCUGAAAAUGGUGGAAUUUUCGAGCAGGGCGACUUGAUACGAAUCGCAUCGGUUUAUAUGGUUUCCGAAUAUUUCGAUUUGGACAAAUUCAAUGAAAAGGUUCAGGAGCAAGAGCAAUCGCUACAAAAUGGAUCGAUAGAAAAUGUGACGCUGAAAAAUCAAGAUGGCCUGUUAAAAGAGCUUCUGGGCUGCUCCAAACAAUGUAGAAUCUACGGCUCCACCCAUCAAUUUUUGGAGAAUCUCACCGAAUUUCAAGAUUUUCCAUGUGCUCGAAAGUAUUUUCCACUCAAAUUCACCACUCCAUAUUAUGUAAGAAGCCCCGUGACCACGCCCCUCGUCUACAAAAGCUCUAGCGGUCAGCGAUUUGUGUGCAAACAGGAUCUGUUUCCGAUUCUACAGUAUCUGGUCAGAGAUUCCAUUCCUUCAUCGAACAACCAAAUGAUCUCCACCCUAAUCUCGAUAUUUCUCAAAUCCAAAGAAGACGUCGCCAACGGAAAAAUGGAAUUUCUGAAAUUCGAAAUUCUGGAAUUGCAUCAGCUCCAACGCGACCUCCAAACCACUGAAAACACCUAUAUCGACGAGACGGGCGCGCUGAAAUCCACGAUUUUUCAGCAAGAAGUUCUGGAGAAGUUGCGAAAAGAUUUUGGCGAAUUUUCUGAGAAUUUCGACGAGCUAGCCGGAAAAUUUCUGAAAUUAAUCCCGACGACAUGGACCACCGAAGAGUCGCUGCACAUCAAAAACGAGCUGGAAAAUCACAAGAUUCUCGAGAAAAAUUUCGUCGAUCUCGUCAUUUGUGUCUAUACAAACACGAUUUGUAUCUUCAAAAAACUGGAAGCGACGCUUAAAAAGUGGGCGGAGCUGCCCGCGGAAACUACCGUAAUCCGCCUUUUUGAGGAUGGCAAUGAGCGAUUUUUGCUGAAAGAUGAGCUGUUGGAAGCGCUGAAAAUCCCGGAUUAUCAGCAAAGUAAUCGAGACAUUGAUAAUUCGAAAUUUAUCCGAAAUCCGCUGAAAAUUCGAAAAAUCAAGCCAAAAUCGAAGAAUAAGAAUUUGCUGACACCGCCCGUUUGCACCGACAAAUUCUAUGGAAUUUCGCUAGAAGACGCCGAGAAAAAGUACCGGCUACAAACUACAAAUAUCGAUUUUAUUCGAUUCCCGAUCCGACGGACCGCCCAUCGAGCCAUUCCGAUCCUGGGACCGCCCGCCACGUGUGGCCACGCCCAGUUUUUCAUCUCGGCCGUUGAUGCGAUGCUGGAAGUGCUGAAAUCACUGAUUUGGGGAUCCAGACUGUUCCAGAAGUUUCCGAUGGCGAAGAAGAAAGUGCUCUAUGAGAUUUUUGCCGAUUUAAGCAUGAUUUUUGAGUCGAAAAAGAACAUUCCAACACUCAUCAAAUUGUCGAAAAUUCGAGAAGUGACCAAUUUCUACUCGAAAAAGUGCGCAUUCCACAAGAAAACGACGCAUCGCGACCUUCUCGACGAUUCUGAAAACGUGGAAUUUACGCUGAGCAAUCUGAAGGCCGAGCUUCAGAAGCUGGAGUUGUCUGGAAUUUUCCCGGAAAUUCUGGAAGUUUCUGACUUCGUUUUCCUGGAAAUUUCAGCCCAAAUUGGUGAAGAACAGACGAUAGGGAUCUGGUUUGACGCCGUGGAGAGCUGCCAAUUGAUUUGUAUUCUGAACUUGUUUCCAAAGCUCAAAACCUUCCUCCACGCUCAAAAAUCUUGCCACCGUAUCCCGGGACUUGCCUGUGCCACGUGUCCGGAAUUCCGAAAUUCAGAAUCUCAGAAUUCAGAAGACGUCGUGACGUCAUCUGAAGAAUUCCCGCGAAUCGGACGUUGCCACGUGGCUCCUGUGGAUUUUGUGAAGGUUCUGGGAUUUCCAGACGCUCCAGAAGACCCGGAAGAAGACAUUACGUACGAUUCACUAUCAGAUAUAUGUCUUGGCGCGCCGCCAGAUGAUUCAGAUUCAGAAGACGAUGACGACGACGACGACGACAUUCCGCCUCUUCUAACGUAUCGUCCAAGACCGACGACGUCGGAAAUCGAGACGCAGACAGAUGAGGUGUGGGCGGAAAUCGGGAGAGAUGACGUGGCGAAUCUGGAGAAGGUCAUCGUCGAGGUGACGAAGAGUAUGGAGGAGUUGGGACUGAAUUGGAAGGAGAAGGAGGACGAUUUUGAGCUGUUUAAGCGAGAAAUGUCACAAGACGCGAAACGAUCCGACGCGAAAAUCAAGCUGCUCGAGCGGGAUUUGAAUAGAUCACGAGAGAAAAAUGUGCAGUUGAAGAAGAAAAUUCUGGAAACGCAGGGAUUGGCGAGAGAGAAUUCACAGUUGAGAUCACGAAUUUUGGAGUUGGAAACUAGAGAAAAUCGAUUGAAGGACGAGAAAAAGAGUGAAAUCGCCCAAUUGACUCGAAAAAUCGAAAAUCUCGACACGAAAAUCGAUCACCUGGAGAAGGAUCUGAAAAAGUCGCAAGAUCGAAACGAGGCGUUGAAGAAUAUUUUCCACACGAACGCGAAUUUGAACGGCGAGAUUCAACGGCUGAAAAUCGGCAUUUCCGAGGCGAAAAUUCGCGAAAAUCAGACUUCGGAGGCCUAUGAGAAAAUGAAGACCACGUUCAACGAGGAUCGCACCAAAUUCUCGGAACGUAUUGCAGAGGCGACAAGGAGCAUCCGAAGCGAAAAAAUGCGAAUCUCGGAGCUGGAGACUACAGUAUCCCACCUACGUCGUCAGCUGCGAAUCGCCGAAGAACGAGAUGCCACUUCGGAAAUUCACACUUUGAAAGAGAAUCUGCUCGAAAAAACGAGAUAUAUUCAGAUAAUCCACGAGACAAAUGUAAAUUUGAAUACGGAACUCGAGCGCGAUCGUCAGAAGUUUCGAGAAAUUUCGCGGAUUAUAGGAAAAGGGGCGGAGCCUACUCAAAAUAGGGCGGAGCCUAUUCCCCAACAACACCAUUCAAUUAAUUUCCAACAAGCCCCCUUAGCGGCCCCAAAACUCCGCCCAAUUGGCGCGGAAAGAGCUCGAAACGCCGCCCCCAACCAUCAGAAUUCCACGUCGACGCCAUCCACGUCAUCAACGAUCUCAUCGCCACCGAUUUUUGUGUUCCCCGCGGGUUUCGGCUCGAAUCAUCUCGAAAUUUGCGACCCGGAUUGUGUGAUUUGUUUGUCGCAAGUUCGCUCCACGGAUAAAAUGAUAAAGUGCCAGGAGUGCCGGCGCCGAUUUCAUUGGAAGUGUGCCGCGAAUUGGCUGCAAGUGAAUAGCAUCUGCCCGACGUGCAAGGGCAAACUGCUGGACCCCGAAGAGUUUCCGGCUCUUUAA